AUGCUUAGCGCCAGGGUAGAACCCUUCGAUGUGACGCGCCCUUCGUGUCUUGGCGAGUACAUUUCUUUUCCACGAUUUUCAAUGUCUUAUUGUUAGGCCAUCUAAGAAUAGUAUUUUUAGCUGCCAUCGCGGUGAUUGUCUUGUAUUGGGUGAUAGCUAUCCCGACGAUUGUCAUUAUUCACCUCAAGUUCAUUCGUUCCGUGGGUUCUGAAGACGACGACGAGAAGACAAAGGAGUCCAAGAAGAAGGCUAAGAAGGGAAAGAAGAGCAAGAAAUCCAAGUCUGAGGAUUAA